UUGCUUCAUUUCUUCUCACCAUUGCUUUCAACUGCUUUUUCCAUUGGUUUUAGUCACUGUGUUUUAGGACCCACAGUUAAACGCAUCUUCUUCUUCUUUACUUGCAAUUUUGCAAAGGCAUUCGGCAGUUAUAUUCUGUCAUCUUCUUGCUUGUCUUUUCUUUUUUCAAUGUAUACUAGUACUCCAACUGGUCUACAACUGUGUCAGUUGCCAAAGAAGAAGGCCAUAUCUUUGUUUGAAGAAGUGGUGGAAGUUCUGAGCUUUUGAUCCGCACAACCUGACUUUGGAAGCUGCAGAGAAUUCUGUACUUAAUUCUUUAACUACUGGUUUUAACAGUUUUUCUGCUACUGUGCGUAAGUGAUUGAAGAUUCUCUGUAUAGUAUUUGCAGUAUGUUUUCUUGUACUUCUGUUGGAGGAUUUGGAUUUUACUACAGUCUGUCAUUUUGGAAACCACCCAUCUUAGUAAUUUCUCUGGACUAGUGAUUUCAUAACCACCCAUUCUUGGUACCCAGAUUUUAGAAGUAGAAAAGUAUUUGAUCUGGUGAAGAACAAGCUUUUGGGGUUAUGAAGCUUACAAACAUUCACGCUUGCAGAUUUCCAGCAACGCGAUUUUGGUAGCUACACUGGUCCUAAGCUUGUACAGGCUAAAGCUGUACAUAUCGAUACAAAAUGACAGCAGCAGCUCCUGCAUUGUUUAUUCAGGCAUUUCUACUGUUAAAUUUGCUGUUCAAAGUUACAGAAUCCCUUCCAGGAUCAUGGGAACUGCUAGUUGAGAAUGCAGGGAUUGCAUCAAUGCAUACUGCAGUUACCCAUUAUGGAACAGUAGUGUUUCUGGACAGGACUGAUAUAGGGGAGAGUAGGAUUUCCCUGCCACCUGGGAAUUGCAGAGACAAUCCUAACGACAAAACACAGCAGCAUGACUGCACUGCACAUUCUGUACUUUUCAACCCUGACAACAAUAAAAUCAGGCCAUUGAAGAUAUUUACAGAUACGUGGUGCUCUUCUGGACAGUUUCUUCCUGAUGGUACGUUGUUGCAGACAGGGGGGGACCUGGAUGGAAACAAAAAGAUCAGGAAGUUUGUACCCUGUUCUUCAGAGGAGCUCUGUGACUGGAAUGAGCUGGAGGAUGAAGAGUUGAAAGAAGGACGUUGGUAUGCAACAAAUCAAAUUCUUCCUGAUGGGAGGGUUAUAAUUGUUGGAGGAAGGGGUGUGCACAGUAUUGAGUAUUACCCUCCCAGUCCUUCUGAUCCAAUCGAUAUGCCCUUCUUGUCUCAGACGGGAGAUCUCCAAAUGGACAAUCUGUAUCCCUAUGUGCAUUUGCUACCUAAUGGGCAUCUUUUCAUCUUUGCCAACACAGAAUCGAUUCUCUAUGACUACGAGACCAACAAAAUCAUUAAAAACUAUCCUCCAUUGGAGGGUGGCCCUAGAAAUUACCCCUCUGCAGGGUCAUCAGUGAUGUUGGCACUGACACCAGAGGAUGAUUAUUCAAAGGGGGAAGUUGUUAUAUGUGGGGGUGCAAGAUUUGGUGCUUACCUUCAAAGAGUUCCUCUCACAGCCAAUGGCAGCUGUGGAAGAAUGGUGGCAACAGACCCUGAGCCUUCAUGGGCUAUUGAGGAUAUGCCAUUUGUGAGAAUUAUGGGGGACAUGAUUAUGCUUCCAACUGGUGAUGCUAUAAUUAUAAAUGGUGCCCAGGCUGGUUCACAGGGCUUUGAAUUGGCAUCCCAACCAUGUCUAAAUCCAGUUCUGUACCAACCCUCUGCAGCUCCAAACCUGAAAUUUAUGACCCUUACUCCUAGUACAGUACCAAGAAUGUAUCAUUCCACUGCAGUUUUGUUACCAGAUGGAAGGAUACUGGUAGCUGGUAGUAAUCCUCACUACUAUUAUGUUUAUGAUGAACCCUUUCCUACUGAACUCAGAGUUGAGGCUUUUUCACCUGAGUAUCUUGGACCUGAUAGGGCUAAUCUCCGCCCAAGUAUUAUCAAAUCUCCUGAUGUUGUUACAUAUGGAUCCACUUUUAGCAUUGAGAUCUCUGUUGAACUUCAUGUUGUAGGAAUAAUUGAGGUCAAUAUGGCAAGUGCCCCAUUUGCAACACAUUCAUUUUCUCAGGGUCAGAGACUGGUUAAAUUGAAGGUUUCAUCUGCCAUUCCUGCUGGUGCUGGUGAAUCAACAUAUACUGUAACUGCAACUGCUCCUCCAAAUGCAAAUAUCGCUCCUCCAAGCUACUAUAUGGUCUUUGCUGUGAACCAGGGAGUUCCUAGUGUUGCUAAGUGGGUGAAGCUGGUUAAUCAGCAAUAACAAAUUUCACAUCAAUGUUUUUAAUUAUCAGAAUCAUCUUAUGUUUGUGAUGCUCUGAUAACCCAUUAAUCUUUUCUAUUGUUAACUGAACAUCAGCAUCAGAAAGUCUCAAUAAUUAAUUUUAUUGGGUAAUUUAAGCAGUGGAUGAUCAGUGAUAAUAUUAUUGAUAUCCAGUCAAUAACCUAUCAGCAAAAGGACAAACUGUAACUUUCUUGUAUCCAAGUAACAAGGAUAUGCAGUCUGUAAACCAUAAAUCAAUUCGGUCAUGGAAUUUUUUAAUGUUAUCAUUUUUGUUCUCCCCA